AUGACUACCGGAGUCUCCCCGUCCAGCUCCCCACGCCUGCCCAGCCCGCCCCCGUUCACAGAAGUCCAGAUCGGCCCUCAGUCACCUUCAAUCGGCGAGACCUUUGGCAAAGAUGGGGAACAGCUUCUAGGAGCAGCCGCUGGGGAGGAUGUUGGUUCAACACGCAGGAUCCGCCCCGGAACCAAAGCCGCUGACAUGGCCUUUGGACCGCCGUUGAUUCCUUUGUCACAGCUUGACUCCCCUUUCCAACUUCAGGAACACCUCAAAGCUUUGUACCACCAUUUCACCAAACCCGAAGGCUCUGACACCGUCAUCCCGAUUACCCGCAAGGUCGCAAUUCAGCUCGCUGAACCCCCGGAGGGCGUCGACCGGUCGCUAUGGCUUUAUGAGUUAUGCCGUUUCCUCACCAUGAAAGUAAACAACCUGAUUAUCGCUUUCUUUGCCGAGGAGCCACCCUGCUCCGCGGCCACAUGCCCUGAGAUGCGCGCGUCUGAGUGGCAGUAUCUAUGCGCUGUGCACGACCCUCCUAAAUCAUGCUGCGCUAUCGAUUACUGCUGCCACACGCUCGACUGGGCGAACAACACCCUCACCUCGCCGAAAUACUUUCCUAGCCGCCUGACGCUGGGCUCCGAGGCUGGUGGCGGUCCCCAGGCCAGCAUGAGACACCUGACCAAUGUCUUCCGUCGGCUGUAUCGGAUAUUCGCACACGCCUGGUUCCAACAUCGUGAUGUUUUUUGGGAGGUGGAGGGCCAUGAUGGGUUAUAUGUUUUCUUUAGAACGGUGUGCGACAUGUUUCAACUCAUCCCCGAGGACAACUACACUAUUCCGCCCGAAGCAGAGGGCUUGGAUGCAAUCCAGCCUAAAUUGGAGGAGCAGCCUGAUAGCAAGCGGUUGACUAUCCUCCGCAAAGAGGAUGUUUCUAUUCCCAGUGAGGUGGAGGCUAUGGAUCCUUCGAUUAGCACAGGUGCCACAACCCGACGACACAAACAUAGCCCUUCCACUGGGUCGCGCGUGACAACGAUCACAGAGAGUGCGGAGGAUUCAGAAGAAUUCCCGCACAUCCAAGCCCCGCUGCGCGAAGUGAUACGGGAGUCACCCGAACCACGCCCUGCAUCAGCCGUGGAGAACCGCCCGAAGCCUGAUGCUGAAGAAGAAGAAAACCCCGACCCAACUGAGCCAACUUCUGAGACCCAAGAGUCACAGGAAGCAAUUGGGGAACCGGUCGAGGAACCAUUAGAGUCCUUGCAGGAGCCUGAGGAGAAAACAGAAGAAUCACAAGGCGAGGCCAAACCCGAAGAGCCUACGUCUACCGAGAAGCCCCUGGAGGGUGAGGAUGUGGCUAUAUCUGCUGCCGUUCAGGAACCGAAAGAAACGGAACCAGAAUCCGAACCUCAGGAGUCCCCUGCCCCAGAAUCUGAUUCUGAGUCCGGGGCGAAGACUGAGGAAUCUUAA